AUGGUACUUGGGACCAUUGCUGUAGCAGCAUUCUACAUUAUUCCUUACUUUGCUCGCAGGUCGCUGAAGCUUGCCAACUUUGAAGCCCUUCUCGACAUCUCACAAGAACACCUUCGUGCCAUGGAAGAAUCCCGAUUGAGCGACGACGACGCUGAGGCCGACGAUGCCGACGAAGAGAAUACUGACACCAGCUCCAUCUGA